AUGCAAAUUGAUUUUCAGCAAAAACAACUAUUCCUAUCCACUCAAAAGAUGAAUGGUGACGAUGACACUACAGUCGAUCUGCAAUCAUCCACUAAACUUGGUUAUCAACAGCAGCAAGAAUGGGAUAAAUUAUUCAUCUUAAAACAUUCUAUUGCAGCUAAAGAAGAAAAACUUCGUCUAUUAACCGAUGAGCUAGCAAGAUCCAAUCGCCAACGAGAUGCUUGGAAAUCCAAAGUCGAGCAAAUUACGGACGAGAAAGUUCAAUUGCAUGGUGAAAUGAUCCAAUUUUCUACUUAUCAACAUAAAAUACUAUCACCUAUUGCUGACUUGAUUCAACAAAUAGAAGCUGCAUUGUAUUUAACCAAUGAACCUGCUGCAACAUCGGAUAACCAUCAAGACAAUAUUUACGCUCUACCCCGCCGAUUAGAAACUUGCUAUCAUGCUUUAAAAGUGCGACUUUAUCAACCAAUGCAUGACAUCAAUCAAACAAAUCAGACAUACAUAGGAGAUUAUCGCUAUAACACAAAUAGUCAUCAUGACUAUACUGUAUCCGCUGCUGUAAUUAGUCAGAAAAAGACCUUAAUGCAUAAAGCGGUACAAACAAUUCAGGAGCAAAAUACAAGUGCCAGUCCAUUUCUUACAAGACCCAAUAUGAAACAGACUCUCGUGACUAAAGCAACCACCGAUAGAUAUGAUAGCCCCAAUGACAUUCGAGAUAGCGAUAGGAUAACACAGACAACAGCACACAAUCACAAUUUAAUUGAAAAUGAUCCAAAUACAAUCAAUCAAACCAAUACCAAAGCAGAUAAUAUUACUUUAAAUGCUCAUUACUCUGCUAUAUCUAGUCACAGCUCCAGUAAUAUUCAGGAUAUAAAAAUGAAUAACAUGGACGAAUUGAAAAAGCAAUUGCAAGAAAAAAUAGAACAAAUCAAUUACCUAGAGCAACAUAGCCAUCAACAAGACCAAAAAUUAAACACUUGCAAAGUAUUACAAGGUACGAUGGGCGUUGAAAUAGCAAAAUAUACCACAGAUAUUGCUAAAUUACAACGGCAAGUUCAAGAUCUUCAAUCUCAAUUAAUCGUUAAAACGAAUAAGAUUACUUCGCUGCAACAACAGCAACAACUACUAGAGGAAUGUCGUCAAGAAAUACAAACAUUACUAGCAGAAAGAAAUAAUUUAUUCAAGAUGGUCGGUAAAUUACAAGAUUCCCUUGGAAUAAAUCCAUUACAUCAUUUUGAUCAUGCCACGAUAACUCAACAGUAUAAAUCUUGGGCUACUCAGCCUUUACAAACUGGUCAAAAGUAUCAGAAAAAUAAAACAAUCAUUGAUAAUAGUAUAAAAACAAGUGGUCAUCAACCACACCAAAAUCAACAAGCCAAGCAAACGUCUGAUUUAAGUGUCGUUAUGGAACGAUUUAAAGCGUAUCAGAAAGACUUGGAUGUAGCUCAUCGAGAUUUGAUAUCCAAAGGACAAACGCAUAAUGAUAUAUGCAAAGCAGCCUUCAAAAUGCAGAAACAAAUUACAAAUAUGCGCAAGGAAAUUGACACAUUAUUAACAAGAUUAGAUUGGUUAGCUGAAGAGCGUGAAACAUUGUUAAAGGAUAAAAAAAGUAGUCAACGACUGGCAAAAGACUUGACCGAGCGUCUAAAACAUUCCAAAGCCUCCAAUGAGAAUUUACAGGCUGAAAUUUUAUUGCUGAGGGGAGAAAUUGGUUUUAAAGAUCAAUUAAUAGAUCAUCUACGUAUGUCCGUUGAACAAGCUAAAAUAAAUCAAGCUGCAAUUGUUACCUUGGCAGAAAAACGAAUUGAAGAGAUGAAUCAAGCUACUCAAGUUAAGCACGCCAAAAUUCUACCAUCUCUGCCAAAUGAUAUUGAUGCUUUAAGAAGUGCGAAAACUGGUUUACCACCAAUCAAUUCAGAAACAAAUACUGUUGAAUCGCAUGGUGAUCACUCUAACCCUAAAGCUGACGAAAUUAGCCGUAAACUUCAAACUGAAACUCCAGCUGAUCAAUUCAAUUCCGUUCCUACAGGAAAACAAUUGCAUAAUUUACAUCCUAAUAUCCAUCAACAGCUACUGCACGACAUUAAUGUUCUCAGGCAACAGCAAUUAGACAUUUUAAUGGACAAUAACCAAUCAUCCUCAACGGUUGAAUUAGUUAUAUCGUCUAGAGUACCCAAGGAUCAACAUGAAUCUUCAACGUCCGCUUUUCAUCUCUCUGAGAUAACGCAGGAUGCUAGUGAUCAAUCAACUGUAAAAAAGGAUGAAAAGUCAUCGGCAUCAGGACAGGGUCUAAAUUUAUCCGCUAAAUUCGAAAAUACCGACAACUUGUCAUCAUUUACUGACGGUACCUAUAUUAAUUGGAUGAGUUAUAUAAAAAUUUGUAAUAAAGCAAUGACGUUAUUGUUUACAUGA